CUUGGACCUCUUUUUUUCUCCAGCUUUUUUACUUGGCUUCUAAAACCUCCGCUGUUUUGCAUAUCGCUAUUUUGCAUAUCGACGUUAGCGUUUUCAUUCUGAGCUCUUUUACAGCACAUCAUGUCGGCCGGCCUAGUACUCACUGUCUUUCGCUAUGCAUCGCCAAUUCUUUCUGCAGUAUGUUUUAUCGGUUUUAAUAUCUACUUUGCUUGUCAGGCCACGAGCAUCAAUGAAGAGCAGCGGCACAGAUUAUGGCGAGGGCCAGCGCUUUGGCUCAGCUGGACCAUAGCGGUCGCCUAUCUGACUCAAUCCGUCCUUGAGGUACUUCCAGGUGUCGAGUUCCGCAAAGAUGCCCACAUUCAUAUGCUUGCGGAAGUUUUGCUAUGGACGACGCUGUCUCUGAGCCUAGCCCAAACCCCAUCUCCAAUUUCGCGACAUUAUCUCCCGGCAUGGGUCUUGACACUUGUUCUGGAAAUAACCUACACCGGCCUUUCUCUCACCACUUCACAGUUGUACUGGCCAAGUCUUGCUGUCCAGAUAUUUUCACUCGUUCUCAUGGCCGGUCUCUCGGUUCUUGGCCUGGCUUCGGGUAGAUGCCAGUCAGCACCGAGGGACGACGCGGAUGACACAGACGAGACAAGACCAUUGAUGUCGCCAUCUUGGUCCUCCGAGGCGACACAGCAGAAUACGAACCCAUCCUACUCAAAAACCGACAGGUCUUCGGACAGCGACACGAUUUCUGGAUAUGAGUCGGACAGUGAUGACGAUGACGAGUCGGAUAGAGAACUGAAGGAGAUUCAGCAGAAGAGGCUGAAGAGCUCCGGAGGCUGGGUUGGUUAUCUGAAAGAAUUUGGCAUUUUCUGGCAAUAUAUUUGGCCUUCAGGCAAUACCCGACUGACCCUGGCUAUCCUUGUUUUGAUUGUCAACAUCCUACUUACCAGAGCCUUGAAUGUCCUGGCCCCGAGACAGCUAGGAAUAAUCAUCAACAGGCUCACGGCCGAGCGAAGGAUCCCGUGGUUGGACGUCGGUCUGUACGGGCUCUUCGGACUUUUGGCCGCGGACUCCACAGGCUUCGGGGCUCUGAACCAGAUGAUUGAGCGACGCAUCUCCAUGUGGUCAUUCCAGAGGCUAGUGGUCGCUGCCUUUGACCAUGUCAUGCGUCUCUCGAUGGAUUUUCACGAUGAAAAGGAUUCUGGGGAGAUCAUCAAGGCCCUCGACCAGGCAACUUCUUUGAAUUCCUUGCUUCAGAUUGUUGUCUUGGAGGUGGUCCCCGGGGUGCUGGAUGUUUUCAUUGCCCUUUGGUAUGUGGCGUACCUUCUUGAUGGGUAUGCUGUGCUUCUGGUUCUGGCGGUCGCCGUUGCUUUCACUUUCCUCACAGCGUACAUCACCAUUUUCGUCAACGCCUCCCGAAGAGACCUCUCUGCACGGGAACGCGACCAGAGCAAAAUCCUGUACGAGACCAUCAGCCACUGGCCCAUCGUGUCGUACUUCAAUCGAAGAGGCUACGAAAAGGCCCGGCUUUCCAGGGUCCUAAAAGGAAUCGCCGAAGCUGAUCUCCGCAGUAAUGACAGUUAUAUCUACCUUUAUGGAGCACAAGAAUUCUGCGAACAGGCUGGGAAGAUUGGUGUCAUCCUCCUCGCCGCUCAUCGAGUGUCACAAGGACUAGCAGCGAUUGGGACCGUGAUCGCGGUGGAAAGUUACUGGUACACCAUCACUAUGCCACUCAUGGUGAUGGGUCACAGCUACCGCCAAUUGACAACCGACCUGAUCGACGCCGAGAGACUCUUGCAACUCUUCAAAUCAACUCCGACGGUCCAAGAUAUUGAAGGGGCGAGGCGGAUUGAUGUCAGCGCAGGCAAAGUCGAAUUCGAUGAUGUUGGAUUCGGAUACCACAAGGACAGGUUGGCGUUGGAUCAUUUCAGCUUUCAAGCAUUGCCGGGUCAGAAGAUUGCCCUGAUAGGAGAGACAGGAAGUGGCAAAUCGACAAUCCUGAAACUGCUCAUGCGCUUCUACGAUGUCAAUUCCGGCAGGAUUCUGAUCGACGGACAGGACGUUCGACAUGUCACCCAGGAUUCCUUGAGGGAAGUCUUUGGCGUCGUGCCACAAGAGACGGUCCUUUUCAAUACGACCGUCUUGGACAAUGUUCGCUAUGCACGAUUGGAUGCGACUGAUGAGGAGGUCUUUGAAGCAUGUAGGGCUGCAGCCAUCCACGACAAGAUUCUCACUUUCAGUCAAGGAUACCACACAAAAGUCGGCGAGCGUGGGAUCAAGCUGUCGGGUGGUGAGAUGCAGCGUCUUUCGAUCGCUCGAGUCUUGUUGAAAAGGCCCAAAAUUGUCCUUCUGGACGAGGCGACUUCGGCCAUUGACACCAUCACCGAGUCGAAGAUUCAAACUGCCUUACAUAACCUCACCAACCGAAGAACCACCUUUGUCAUUGCUCAUCGCCUUUCCACCGUCGUUGACGCCGAUGUCGUCCUCGUGAUCGAUCAAGGCCGUAUUAUCGAGCAAGGAACACACCAACAGCUUCUCCAGAACGGAUAUCGGUAUAAGGAGUUAUGGAUGAAGCAGUCCCAGUCUCUGAUCGACUAGACUCCAGGAUGUCCAAGAAUGUGGCAGAACGGAAUCGGAUCUCCAGUAGAGACUACCAGCACCAUCCCCAAACCCCUGUGAGCAACCCUUUCAGGCGUUGCAUGGUCCCAUUUUUGGUUGUCUCCCAGAAAGCGAGAAUUUUGUUCAUGAGACAUUGACGUGCGUGGUGGUCAGUGGUGCAAACGCCGACGGCGAAGAAGGGCCAAGAGUAGUAGUCUGCGAAAUAAUCCAACGAAGGUUGUAAACGAUCGAUAAGAUGCAGUGCCUCUGAGACCAGAUCAUCAGCGGAGCAUUCAAGCUUGCCUCUUUGUGUGUUGAUAACCUCUCUGAUCAGGAUUCGAGAUGCGAGAUGAUAGAUUCGAGGUCCCAAAAGAAGCACAUCCUCAUGACCUCUGCCUGAACACGAGCUCCCGAGGUUGUUCCGUGUGUGACCAUCCUCAAUUGAGACUGAUGAGCAGAUGUCUUGGAUUCUACUGCAAUCCCAUCUCAUCAGUUCCCUCUCAAGUUGGUAGCAUUCAACCAGAUCAACAGGCCCUUGUUGGGACGAUUGGUACAAAAGCCCGACUUGACGAACAAGUCUGAACAAUUCUGGAGGCGCUCCGAGAACGGGCGAGGACCGCUGGAGACACGAUUCGUUCAGUGUCUGUAUUUCCAGGCAAUUCUGAGCCAGUGCAAAUGCUUCAUCGAUAGUCUUGGAUUGACGAACGCCUGCUUGAAACGGAAUGCUGGUCGCUGCAUGGAAAAUGAACGAUUCGAGAAGUGACCUUUUAAUGUCAUCUUGUCCGCGCAAUGAAAGGCGCAAUGUGUCAUUGACGAUCAGGGCUCGGAGCAAUGCGGCCGCUCCCUGUAAAUGAGUCUCUAGAUCUGGGGAGAAAUGUGUACGAGUUCGCUGACCAUAACCGUUAAUUCUGAUCAAGGUGAUGUAAACGAUAGUCUGCUGAGCAUGAAGGCCGA